AUGACGAGAAUGGUAUUAGUUGUGAUGUUAAUACUCUUUUCAAUCUCCAGUGUAAACUUCGUCGAUUCCCUGCAGGAGAGCUUAGGAAAAUUUCUGGGGACCUUUGGCGCGAAACAACAAGUGCGGAUACCCGAAUUGCUAAAUCAGUUGUGCAAUCAGUCGCAGGGUUCCAACCUGACGAUACGUGACGCUUGUUACGGUUGCUUCUAUCGUGCCAGUAUCUUACCGCAAGGUUACUCCAUGUUAGUAGCCAUGUCCGCGUGUGCCAACACUUAUCUCAACAACACCAACUAUGGUCAUUGUCAGGCCUAUUUGCAAAACGCGACCAGUAUGCCCGAUGCACGAAGUCCUACGAUAGUAUAUUGCUCAUUCUUAGAAUGCAUUCGUCAAGUCAAUAAGAACAAUUUGGCUAUAGACAUAAGAGGUGUGCCACUGUUGCGAGGAGCAGCAUGGCAAAUUGAGCAGCGGAAUUUUUUUAAAGUCUUGAAAUUUCUACGGAGGGGCGUCUGUAUAAUAAGAGAAACUAUAACUACUACGACUACCAGUCCAGUUAGUCCACCCAUUGAUCCACGCCAGUAAUCUUCAUAUUUUCGAGACGACACAACUUUCUUCUUCGUUGGAAAUGCAUCAAUGAUCUCCGUGAAUUCUGUAAAUUAUCUGUAUUAUAUUAUAUGUAUAUUGUAUAGUUUCUCUCUCUGCACGAUGAAUACUUAACCGGAUUCAAACCACAAAAUCUGACAUGAGAGUGCGACGAGCGCAACGAAUUCCCCACUGAUGAAUACUUUCCGUAGAUCAGGGAAUGCGUUCGCGAAGCUUCAACAGUAUUCCCUAACAUCAACCGUACCUACAUCAAUCUUACGAACACGGAGCUUGUGCAAUUAUUCAUCAACACCACCACCUGCGUGCUGGCGAAAACUCGUUGUUCCUACGUGAAUCCGGUGACCGGUGAGCUCCAGGAUAGUGACAUAGUCAACAAGUUGCAUCUACCUUCACUGAACGCUUUGCUAGUCAACACCGACUACGACAUCAGCAUCGUGCAGCUGCCGUUCCGUUCCGGCAGCGUCGAUGUGUGCACUAAGUAUAGAAACGUCGAGCAAGCGACUUGGCCCAGUGUCGUGUGUUAAUUUACAAACAGAAAUUAUAUCGAGCCAAGAGAGGCAGCCGGUAUCCACGACGCUAAAUGACGCGCGGGAUGAUUUUACCAAGCAACCGUUCCAGAAUGAGAUUACCGUGUGCCGUUGUUCCUAAUAAAGAUUUGUUUCUGUUGGCGCUAA